AUGGCACCACCCACCAAAUAUUCUGCCAAGCAGAUCGAGCUUAUGCAGACAUUCCAUGAUCAAUUUCUCGAAUCAUGGGGGGGGAAGUUUCCUGAGCGCGCCGUAGUCUUCCCAGACAUUCCACUUGAUGUCAACUUGACUGAAGAACAGUUGGCAGUGCUAUCAAAAGCCUGGGCAUUGCGUCAACAGCGCUUGAUGGAGAAAUUCCGUAAUGAUUUGGGUGGGUCAAAAUCCGAGGAAGUGAAGGAAGAGGUCUUUGCAGCUGUUGAGGCAAUGAAAGAAAAGAGAUGCACAGAGAUAGAGGAAGCCAAGAAACAGAAUCAUGAUAAGGAAGUCAUACACAGCUACAUAUCCAAAAUCGCUGUGAUUUUGUCCCAGUUCUUCGAGGAAUUGCAUGAGAUGACGAAUUGGGUAUUCACAGUACUCAUGGGUGGGCCACAUCCUGCCGCAGGUGGAACACUUGACAUCAGUAGUUUCCAUAUUGGUACAACAAAACUAGGCAAUUGGUUCAGUCAGGCCUACCCCCAAUUCUCACAGAAUAUUAUGGUUCCUUACACACAAUUCAUAGAACACGUUUUUUCUGAUGCAGCUGCUCUGUUGAGAGCAAAAAGCUUGCUGCCUGCAUUUGAUACAUCAUCCACUCUGGUCAUCACUCCUGGACCUUCCUCUGCCCACUUAGCCUCUGAUAUAUUACCAUCUACCCCAUUGAAUACUGGCACAACGGCAACUUCCGAUACAUUGUUUUCCUCAGAGCUUCUUAAUCUCAUGGAGGGUGUCGACACCUUUCGAUUCUCCUCUGAGCCUUAUGCAUCCCUGCCACUGAUGGACACGGAUAAUGACACAUUGCAGCUAUCUCUUCCCAUUCUUCCCAUGCCUCCACAACUUCUUUCACAACUUCCUCAUGAGACGUCACACAGUCUCAAUCAGUUUCUGUGGGACCCAUCUCCAGAAGACUUUGCUCAACGAUAUCUGUCACCAAUUAGCACGUCACCACUACGAAUUUGGUAUGAAAUACAAAACACACUGAUUCUAACAGGCGAUGAAUCUGCUACUAACUCAAACGAAGCUGGAGCGCAGCCACCGCCCUAUUACACUACAGAUCCCACCUUCGUUUUCCCUAACUCCACUCCACCACCCUCCCAGGCGCAUUCAACCCAUAUUCUCUCAGCUACAACACCACCUGCUGCACCUGCCAGCACACCCCCCACUCAAACUCCAACAUCUCCAUCUGAUGCUGCCCCCAUAGGACACCCUUCUGACACAGGCAAGAAGCACAGAUGUGAAUCUGAAGAAUGGUUGAAUGUCCCUGUGAAACGUCAGAAGAUUAAUCGACAGAUCAUCAGAAUGGUUGAGGCAAACAUCAAUGGUUCCAAUCUAAGCGUGCCGCAGAAGCUAACAAUAUUGGUGGCUUAUCCACAACUCGGAAGACUGGGCACAAAUGAGUGCAUUUUCUUGAUACCUUGGAACUUGUGGGAUUGGGUGAUGCAGAUAGCAUGUUUCUAUGCAGACAUGUUUGUGGGACUUAGAGGAAUUUCAAUGAUUUUAGCCAAACUCAGCGAUUCAAUGCAGAUCAGAUAG